UAGGGGCUGCUGAGGGUAACUGCCGAGCGGCUUGGGACCCUGGCCCCUGUUCCCAGGCCUCUGGAGGACACGGCAGGCCACGGGGGGGGCCUCGGCUUGGGGAGGGAGGAAGACGGAGCCAGAGACUCGGAACUCGCGCCUUGUGCAGAGUGGACGCAGAGUGGACCGUUUAUUGCAGGGAGGUGACGAUCACGUUUUGGGAAGAAGCUGGAAAGAAGCCCAAGUGGAUUAAGAAGCCCUGGACGAGGACAGGCUCUCUUGGGAGAAACUCUAAGGUAUGAUGAGUACAUUCUGAGUGUCAGGACAGUGGGAAGUAGCCAGUGGGUUGCAGGCAUGUUGUGGAAGUUGCUGAUGAGAUCCCAGCCCUGCUGGCUCUGUUCUUUCAGAAAGAUGCUGUCAGCUCCAAAAUACAGACCUCUUCUAGCAUCCUUCACCUAUACAACUGAUAAUCCGUCAAACAAAGAAAAUAAAAAGACAGUAGAAAAGCUCUACAAAUUGUCAGUUGACAUCAGGAAAAUUCGAAGAUUAAAAGGAUGGGUACUUCUGGAGGAUGAAACCUAUGUUGACGAAAUCACAAAUAUUUUACAACAGCUAGGAGCUGAUGAGACUGCUGUAGCCAGUAUCUUGGAACGCUGCCCAGAAGCAAUUAUCUGCAGUCCAAGUGCUGUUAACACCCAGAGAGAACUCUGGCAAUCAGUUUGCAAAAACGAGCAAGAGUUAGUCAAGUUAAUAGAACAGUUUCCAGAAUCUUUCUUUGCUGUUAAGGACCAGGAAAACCAGAAGCUGAACAUUCAAUUCUUUCAAGAGUUGGGACUCAGAAAUGUGGUCAUUAGCAGAUUUUUGACAACUGCAUCUAAUAUUUUUCACAAUCCUAUUGAGAAGAAUAAGCAAAUGAUAGAGAUUCUCCAAGAGAGUUACUUAAAUUUAGGUGGUUCCGAGACCAACAUGAAAGCUUGGCUACUAAAAUUAUUAAGCCAAAACCCAUUUAUUUUGUUAAAUUCUUCUGUAGCUAUAAAUGAAACACUAGAAUUUUUUGAAGAGCAGGGUUUCACAAACUUUGAAAUUCUCCAGCUUCUAUCCAAACUCAAAGGAUUUCUUUUUCAACUUUGCCCAAGAAGUAUACAGAACAGUAUGUCCUUCUCUAAAAAUGCUUUUAAAUGUACUGGUCAUGACCUGAAGCAAUUAGUUUUGAAAUGUCCUGCCCUUUUAUAUUAUUCUGUUCCAGUUUUGGAAGAAAGAAUUCAAGGAUUAUUGAAAGAAGGAAUUUCCAUUGCUCAGAUAAGAGAGACGCCAAUGAUUCUUGAAUUAACGCCCCAGAUAGUACAGUACAGGAUAAAGAAACUGAAUUCCUUAGGCUACAGAAUAAAAGAUGGACAUCUAGCAGAUCUCAGUGGAACAAAAAAAGAGUUUGAGGCUAACUUUGGUAAAAUUCAGGCCAAAAAAGGAAGGCCAUUAUUUAACCCUGUGGCACCAUUAAAUGUUGAAGGGUAACUUGCUGACUGAUAUUGCUGCUUUCCAUCCGUGCAGAGUGGAACCGAGUAGCACAGACUUAAGUGAUUCAGGCAUAUUGUGGGCAGCAGUGAUUUUAAGAACCUACUUAGCUCCUGAGUUGUAUUUAAGUUACCUCUAAGUAGAUAAUCUCUGACUCCAUUGCUAUACUUAAAAAUAGUAAAUUGGAUUUAUUUUAAAUUCUUUGUAAUUUUGACCUUGUACUAUUUCAGAAAACUACCAUUAAGUGACACAUCAGUGUGAUAUUUUCUGAGUAAUUUCUAAGAAACUGACAAGUGUACUCCCUUCAUUCAAAGUAUGGAUACAUUUUUAUUCAUAUAGCACAUUUCACCUGGGAUACAGACCCAGCCUUCUUUCUCACCACCAGCUCUGAAACAGCACUCUACUGUGGUCUGAAUUCUGUAGCUUAAGUGUUUAAUUGAAACAUUAGCAAACUUCUAAUACGUUUUUGUGGAGAAAGUUGAUUUCAUCUCCAGGUUGGAAUAAGUGAGUAUCUUUGAGAACCAAGUAUUGCCCAUCAAAAGGAAUACUUAGAGCUUAUUUGUGUGGUCAGUUUGUUUAAAAUUGACUAUUUUAUCUCGUGAAACACUAUUAUGUGCAUUUAUUACUUUCCCCAUUUUACAGAUGAGGAAACAAGCUUAGCUAUCCAGCUGCCAAGUGCCAGAGCCCAGGUUUACUAAGAUCUCUCUUCUGUUCAAACCUUGUGAACAGAAAAAGGAUUGUUUAUGAGUUGGCAUAAGAAAAUUCACCCCUACCUGACAUGCUAAAAGAGUGAGUACCAAGUACAAAUUUAGGGACUUUUAUGAAAACAUCUCUGUAAGAUUCCUUAAAUUUGAAAUGAUCUAAUUUGUAUAAAUUUUCUGAAAAUCGAGGUCUGACUGUAACAUAUGAAAGGUAAAGUGUGUGAUGGUGGGUACUGAUUUUAGUUAGGUAUCAAGUUUCUAUUUCUAAAUUUUGUUCCAAGAUAAAUAUUACCCAGAUCUGGCUCACUUCAGCUGUAGAGUUUGAACUUUGUAACAAGUACACAAAUAAACAGUUGACUCUUGACACUCAAACAUCUGUGCUCUAUGUGUGCAUGGCCUUAAGUAAUGAAAAAAAUUAUGAAAAACGCAGGCCAUGGCUUCACUCUGUUCUUUCAUUCAGCAAAUGCAGGUAACCCUCACUAUCCCAAUCUGUUCAUUUCCUUAGUUAGGAAAGCAAAAGGUAUCUCUGUGCAGCACCUCCCAAGUGCUAGGCAUGUUGUGCUUUACAACUCUUAAGAGUUGAGUACUGUCAUUUAUUGUUCUAAUAGGUGAGAACACUCAGGCAGAAGAGGGUCAGUCACUCAGAGUCACACAGAAAUGUUUGUUCAAGAGAAAGCAUGGCAGCCAUACUGGGGCAGAGUUAAGUGAUGGGAAGAGUGACAGAAGAUGAGCAUCACAGGUCUGUCUAAGGAACAGGAUCUCAUUCUAAAUGUGAUGGGAGACCCUCUGGCAGAUUUUAGUGUUAUGCUUGUUGUCCUGAUGAAAUUAUCAGAGGUGUUCUUUCACCCUCAAAAGUGACUGAGUUUGGAAUAUAUUAUACAUUAUAUGGUCACCUUGGUAGUUCUAUUUUAGAUGUCAAUUUUGAGAUACAAGAAUCUGAGCAGAGAUUUCAAAUAGAAAAAUGGUGAAGUCAGGAGUAGUGAGAAAUCAGGACUGGAGAUAGAUAUUCGGGGAUCAUUUGCAUAUCUAAGGUAUUUAAAGCUCCAGCUCUAGGUGAGAGUGCCCAGAAAGAGGAUAGACUUGUAGUGACUGACCAAGUCUGGAAAGGGUUGACCAGUGUAAGUUGGCCAAGAAGAGAGGGCAUUUUCAAUAAUAUUCAAUACCAUGGGGAGGUCAGCUAAGAUAAGGAGAAGUGACCAGUGGAUCUGGGAAGAGGUAAGUCAUUGGUUGGCCCUAUCAAGAGUGAUUCUGGUGGAAUGAGAAAGGUAAGAAGGCAACUGGAGUGGGUUAAGAGAAUAGGAGAUGAGGAAGAGUCAGGGACUAUAGUUUUUCAAGAAAUUUUGCUGCAAAAGGAUGCAGAAAAAUGGAGGUUAUGAGAUUUGAGUAAUUUUUCUUUAAAGAAAUACUGGAACAUAUUUAUAUGCUGAUGGGUGUGACCCAAGGAGAGAGAGAGAGAUGGAUGAGACACAAAAAAUUAAUAUUAAGGAUUAACAUCCUUGAGGAAGUGAAUGUGGGCUGACUUCGGAUAAGAGCAGAGAUGGUAGUCCUGGUCCACAGAAUGUGGGAACAGAGGCAGGCAGGUUGAUAGAGUGUGCAUUGUGAGAGGCAGGAGAGUUGCUUUGCUGUUGCCUCUUUUUACAGAGAUUUAGAAUGGGAGAAGGUGAGUAUAGCAGAAGGAAUGGAAAGAGGAGGUAUGAAAUAGUCAUCCUGAGGAGUAGGAAAGUGAAGAAACAAGAAGGUAUAUAAGAAAGUUUGAGUUGAGUGGCCAUGUAUGCUUUGUGGCCAUUAAUUUAAGAGGAGCUUUGUCAGUACAGCAGCAAACAAGAGGCAGUUAUGGUUAUAACAUUUGUAGCUUACUCUAACUUGAAAAGUUUUAAAUUAAGAAAAGAUCCACAUUCAUGGUCAAACAUGCAGUAUACUGACUUUUCCUUUAGACCAAAUUCUGGUCCAUUAUUUCUUAGCGCUUGAACUUCUGCCUUUUUCCAUUCCUGAAUUCUUACUCAGAUCUUCCUACAAAUAAAAUUUUAGAUAUUCAAAAUCAACAACAUAGCAGGCAGAGAUAUUCUUAUAUAAAACACUAGAGCCAAAUUUCAUUUCCUCUAUGGAGAAAAAGCUCUAAUAACAAAAUUACAUUAUUUCCUUUAGACACUUUAUGUAUAAAUUCAUUUCUGUGGCAAAAUGUAAUUAGCUGCCAGAGUACAUAUGAUCACCCAAAAGACUUCCAGUGAGCUCAAGUCAGCCUGGUAAAUUGAGCAGACAGGCAGCACUAAUGCCAGCAGCAGAGUGAAGGACUAGUUAAUUGAGUAGUCCCCUGUUUUCGGACAUAAGCUGGAGAGGCUGUGACUUACACUAAUUCAAAAGUGUUAUGGGGGACUUCCUAGGUGGUGCAUUGGUUAAGAAUCUGCCUGCCAGUGCAGGGGACACGGGUUCAAUCCCUGCUCCAGGAAGAUCCCACAUGCCACGGAGCAACUAAGCCCAUGCGCCACAACUAUUGAGCCUGCACUCUAGAGCCCUUAGGCCCAUGUGCCACAGCUAUUGAAGCCCACAUGCCUAGAGCCCGUGCUCCACAACAAGAGAAGCCACCACAAUGAGGAGCCCACGCAACACAACAAAGAGUAGCCCCCCACUUGCUGCAACUAGAGAAAGCCCAUGUGCAGCAACGAAGACCCAACACAGCCGAUAAAAUAAUUAAAAAAACAAAAAACAAGUGUUAUGGGAAAUUCAACUAACAUUGGAAGUUAGCUUGUUCCAUAUUUGUAAAAAGGGAAUGAAGAUGAACUCCAUUAUUAUUUUUUUUUUUGGCAAAAAAAAAUAAUAGGUUGCUUCCAUGUCUUGGCUAUUGUAAAUAGUGCUGCAAUAAACAUUACGGUACAUGUUUCUUUCUGGAUUACAGUUUUCUCUGGGUAUAUGCCCAGUAGUGGGAUUACUGGAUCAUAUGGUAGUUCUAUUUGUAGUUUUUUAAGGAACCUCCAAACUCUUUUCCAGAGUGGCUGUACCAACUUACAUUCCCACCAACAGCAGGAGAGUUCCCUUUUCUCCACACCCUCUCCAACAUUUGUUGUUUCUAGAUUUUUUGAUGAUGGCCAUUCUGACCGCUGUGAGGUGAUACCUCAUUAUGGCUUUGAGUUGCAUUUCUCUGAUGAUGAGUGAUGUUGAGCAUCUUUUCAUGUGAUUGGCCAUCUGUAUGUCUUCUUUGGAGAAAUGUCUAUUUAGGUCUUCCGCCCAACCUAAAUGCCCAUCAACAAAUGAAUGGAUAAAGAAGAUGUGGCAUAUAUAUACAAUGGAAUAUCACUCAGCUAUAAAAAGGGAUGAGAUGGAGCUAUAUGUAAUGAGGUGGAUAGACCUAGAGUCUGUCAUACAGAGUGAAGUAAGCCAGAAAGAGAAAAACAUAUUGUAUGCUAACUCAUAUAUACGGAAUCUAAAAAAAAAAAAAAAAAAGGUACUGAUGAACCCAGUGACAAGACAAUAAGGAUGCAGAUGCAGAGAAUGGACUGGAGGACACGGGGUUGGGGGGGGCGGGGCGGAAGGGGAAGCUGGGAUGAAGUGAGAGAGUAGCAUAGACAUAUAUAUACUACCAACUGUAAAAUAGAUAGCUAGUGGGAAGUUGCUGUAUAACAAAGGGAGAUCAACUCGAUGAUGGGUGAUGCCUUAAGGGCCAGGAUGGGGGGGGGGGGGGUAUGGGGAUAUGUGUAUAAAUACAGCUGAUUCACUUUGGUGUACCUCAAGCUGGUACAAGAGUGUAAAGCAAUUAUAUUCCAAUAAAGAGCUUAAAAAAUAAUAAAAAUUUAAAAAAUUUAAAAAAAGGGAAUGAAGAUACUUUCCUCAUAAGGUCUUUAUACUGAUUAAAUCAGAUAAUUUAGGGACAGUGCCUGAUAGAUAAGUAGAUGCCCAGUAAACAUCAAUUUUCUUCCUUCCUCCAGUUGGUUCCCAUCUCUUCUGAGUCAUUUCUGGCCAGUAAGAGGUCUAAGUUGAUUACACAGCUGUUUAGGACAGAGGGCAGUAUACUCCCUAUUUAUAAUUGCUCCAUCAGUUACCAGAUUUUAGAGUGCACAGAAUCACCUGCAAAGGUUGUUAAACUGCAGUCUUGGGUCCCACCCUGCAGAGAUUCAGCAAGUUUCAGGGGUCAAACCUAGAAAUCUGCAUUUUUAAUCUUUAUUAGAGUUGUUUAAAUAUAUAUUUGUAUUUCAUUGUUGUGUUGGCAUCAAAAUUCAUAUUCAGAGAUGUUCUGUCAUGUUUGUGCAUUACUAUCAAAAAAUUUAAAAAUUGGCUACAGUAAUUUAUGAAUUGCUGUAUAACUAAAAUGUUAAGACUACCCUGUUUUAAAAUUUCUUUUAUUUCCUUAGAUCUUUAUGAAACAGUUCAUCUUUUGCAGAUCAUAGUGUUUUAUUAACAGAUUCAUGUAUUCUUUUCCCAUUCCUUUAAUACAAAAAAAUUUAUUCAAUCAUCAGUUAUUUUCAUCUGACAUUUCACUAAGUACAGGAUUCAUAAUGUCAACAUUAUUAAAUCAGUCAUUCAAGUGGGUCACACAAGUUCAUCCCCAUUGUGCCAAAUACCCACUCAAAAAAUAAGCUGAAUAACAGAUGCCUCCAGGUGUAUACAACAAUCUUAGUUUCUUGAAGUGAACUAGCACUGUUUAACAGGUCAAAUUGCUACUCUACGAAAAUAAACUGGAAAAGACUCAAGUGUACAGCUUUACAUAUUAUCAAAUGGCAAGUUCAUUUCAACAAGAACCUCUACUGCUAACUUCAUUUGUACAAGUUCUCUGCUAUCAUUGCAAAGCCUCUCCUGAACGAAGUUAUAGUUUAAAAUUUAAAACAAACUUGAUGAGAUAAAAUGCACCAGGUGGCUUUUCUGUAGCAGAAAAUAAUUACAACCAUUUUUCCUCAAGCAAUUUUAAAGACAAGUAAAGUUGGAAAUAAAUAUUCAAGCAUACAGUAAGCUAAAGUCUAUAUUUAGAAAUUCAGGUACAAAGCACAGCAGAGCCUAUGAAGAGAAGAUACUUUAGAAAUAUAAACUAGCA